AUGUCUCGAAUACGAGAUGUCUGGGCACCCAACUUGGAGCAGGAGAUGAGCAAUAUCCGCGAUCUUAUAGACCGAUAUCCCUAUGUCGCAAUGGACACUGAGUUUCCUGGCGUGGUCGCUCGUCCCAUAGGGUCGUUCAAGACUUCGUCGGAUUACCACUAUCAGACGAUGCGAUGCAAUGUGGACCUGCUAAAGAUCAUACAAGUCGGUCUUACGUUGGCGGACGAGGAGGGUAAUUAUCCUCAGGAUGUGUCAACAUGGCAGUUCAACUUUCAUUUCAGUCUCAACGAAGACAUGUAUGCUCCAGAAUCUAUCGACCUUCUACAGAAAUCAGGUAUUGACCUACAACGGCACGAGGAAGUGGGGAUCGAGCCAAACGACUUUGCCGAGCUGAUGAUUACGUCGGGCUUGGUGUUAGCGCCAGAAACGAAGUGGAUAUCCUUCCAUAGCGGAUAUGAUUUUGGUUAUUUCGUCAAGCUACUGACCGCGGAGUCAUUACCUACCACGGAGGAGACAUUCUUUGAGGUGUUACGUACAUGGUUCCCUACAAUAUAUGACAUCAAGUUCGUAAUGCGCGCCUGCAAAGUCCUCAAAGGAGGCUUGCAAGACGUUGCGGACGAUCUCGGGGUCAUGCGAAUAGGCGCAUCACAUCAAGCCGGUUCAGACUCACUCUUAACAGCGUCCACAUUCUUCAAAAUGCGCGAGCUCUACUUCAAUGAUUACAUCGACGAUGCAGAGUACAACCACAAAUUGUACGGCCUCGGACAGACCUUUAUCACGAAUGGUAUCACCGAGCCCGUGCGCGGGAGCGCAGCCACUAUUGCGGAGCGCGAAGAUCGCGGGCCUGUGCGCGAGGCGCACAACCAGACGCCAGGCUCAGUACAAAAUCAGAGUCUCGCCGCCGUCGCAAUGGGUUUAGGCGGAUCACUCUCCACACCUGCACUUGCAGGUGCGCUACCAGCAUCCCUACAGCCAUCAUCGCCAUACGGCCCGAUGGGGGCAAAUGCACCAUAUAUGCGUGCCGCAAUUGGGGUAGGAGGGCGAUAG